AUGGCGGCGAUUUCAAAUGAAAAAUAUUUAGCUCAUUCUUUCAAGGUUAAACUUGACGCUUUAGGUUGUCCAUUCACAGAUGGCGUUGAAGAAACCUGGAUUCUAGAACUUGUAUUCAAAGCAGGAGAGGCCAGGAUCAGGCUUUUACAAUGGCUGUUUUCAAAGUUCGACACAAAGCUGGCUGACCUACUGGAUCCCCAAUAUGCCUCUCGGGACUCCAAAAUGGAUUCUAGAAUCCAACGUUUACUAUAUGUUGCUUCAAUGAUAGGGCUUUGCAGAUACGAUGAUGUUGAUAUAAUUCGUGGUGUAUCAUCGAAGAAGAAACAAAUCUCCUUCAUGGAGCAACUGAUAGAUCUAGUUGCCGUACAAGAUGCUGCUGACAACCCCUCUAAACAAGCCAUGAUGUCACCUGGACUAAUCAGCGAUGCUAUGUCGGUAGACAGUCAGUUUGAGAAGGACUGCUGGUAUGUCGAUUCUCUCGCAACACAGGACUUGGACAAUGUAUUCUCCAGCAGAGUGGCCCUCCUCCCCCAUGACCUCUCUACACUCGUACACAGGCAGUGGCAGGCUAAGGGAAUAUCUUCACAUGAUAUAAAGCCACUGCCAGAUGUCCAAGCACUAUUAGAUGAGUCUACUAGGCUGGUAGAUGAUAUUGCUAGGCAGACUGAAGUAUUAAAUGAAAUCACAAAACUGCAUGCAUAUCCCCAAGAUGACCCCAGGACAGUGUCUAAGGUCUGCCAGACUCUCCGUAUUGUCCUCUCUGAACUCUCUCAGCUGGUAACCAGUUUCUCCUACUGCUAUGAAAAUGAGAUGAAACAGUGGUGUAACAAAACGCCCCCAAAUCUCUCACAGCUUGGACCUGCUUUUAAAAGAGUACAUUCCAUGUUACAAAAAUUUACGGCACUUCUUCAAGGACUUGGUGACAUACGAGAGAGCUACUCAACAAUCAUAUCAAGAAAUACUGCCACAGAAACAACAUUUUCAAAUCUAGGUCAAAGUAAAACAUCUGUUGGAGAACUUGUGUCAGUGAGCCAGGCUGCAGCAACAAGCUUCCAGGAAUGUCUGUCAGUAUUGGGAGAAUCUCGACAAAGACUGGAUGACACACAAUCAACUCUUGCAGCUUCAACCUUCAGCAUAUUACAACAGUCAUGAUGAAGACUUGAUUACACUACUUUAUCAACUCUUGUAUUUUCAACCAAUAACUUCGUUCAGUUGUGACAAAGACUGGAUGACACGCAAUCAACUCAUACACUCAUCUCUAACCUUCGAGUUGAUGCAGUCAUGAAUAAUCUUUGUUUUGAGGCAUUUAUACAUGGAACAUAAAUAUUUUAUGAAUAAAUUGUUAUUGUAUGUUUAUGUUUGUAACUAGUGUCACUCUACCAUAAACAUGUCAACAAUUGUUUACACAAAAUAUUCAAGUAGUCAAAAUGCUGUCAGUUUGUUCAAUUAUUUAAAGUUGAGUAAACUUGGAUUGGGAUUGUAAUGUCCUUUGUGUCCUUCACCUCUCAAUUGUGCAUAAUCAUUGCCAAAUAUUGUAAUGAUUGAUUGAUGAUUGAUCCGAUUUUCAUUCCUGUUGGUUUCUCUGGCAAAAGAUCCAUUUGUCAUUUCAUUUCUAGAAUCCUUGAAAUAUUUUUGUGAAGUUGUAAGUAUCACAUUAGUUUGGGUCAAAAUAUUACAUGUUAACAUUUACAAAAAAAUAAUUCAUAUAGGCCUAAUUUAAUGAAUAAAUUAAUAAUUGUCUAUGGUAAUAAAACAGGCAAAAUGUAAACAAAAGUCAUCCAGAGUUAUGUUUAGAAAUAUCAAAAUUAAAGUAGCA